GAUCGUGGAUAUUUUAACCUGGAAAUAUGUCGACAGUUUAUCGUAAGUCAGUUUGGUUUGUUCGUGGUUUACGGGAAUACACGUUAAAUGGUUUUUUGGACGCGAAAAAGAAAUUCGAAGAUUUGAACUCUGAUAUCUACAAAGAUUUGAGUGAUCAAGCCUUUAUGGUGACAGGAGCCAAUAGCGGCAUCGGCAAAUGUGUUUCAUAUGAACUUGCUAAGCGUGGUGCAACUGUUCACAUGGUCUGUCGAGACAAGAAAAGAGGAGAGGAAGCUCAAAGCCAAUUGCUGGAAGUUAGUCCUCAAAAGGAGGUACAUUUGCACCUUCUGGAUAUGUCAAUGCCAAAAAAAGUUUGGGAAUUUGCUCAAAAAUUUGCUGCCUCUGGUAAACCUUUGAAUGCUUUGGUUAAUAAUGCUGGUUGUAUGGUAAACGAUAAGACAACUACUGAUGAUGGUUUGGAAAAAAAUUUUGCCACUAAUACACUGGGAACAUAUAUUCUUACAACUGGCUUGAUCUCUGUUCUUGAGAAGAGCAAACAUCCUCGGAUCAUAACAGUGUCUUCAGGUGGUAUGCUUUUGGUAAAGCUUGAUGCUGAUGAUUUGCAGUUUGACAAAAUGAAUCCUUUUGAUGGUACAAUGGCAUAUGCACAAAAUAAGCGUCAGCAGGUUGUUAUGACUGAGCAAUGGGCUAAGAAAUACAAAUCAACUGGAAUACACUUUUCUGCAAUGCACCCUGGGUGGGCAGAUACUCCUGCUGUAAAAUCAUCAAUGCCAGAUUUCCACAGAAGAAUGCAAGGGAAAUUAAGGACAGCUGAACAAGGUGCUGAUACAGUUUUUUGGUUAUGUAUAUCACAAGAUGCAAUCAAGAAUCCAAGUGGUGAGUUUUUCCAGGACCGGCAAGCUGUGUCUAAACAUCUUCCUCUUGCAUGGACUAAAUCUUCAUCUGGAGAUGACGAGUUAUUGAUGACUAAACUUGAUGAACUUGCUCAACAAUUCAGGGUGAAAAGUGAUGCUAGUGAAUAAGCAAUAAAUAUAUAUUUAAAAUGUAUUUAAUUAUCUUGUUGCAUGCAUUAACAUAAGAAAAUAUAUCUUUACAUUUCCAAAAUUAAACUUUGUUAUAAAAA